AUGGAACAAAGAAGCUACGGUACACGUAAGGCGAGAGGAUAUUUGGUCGGCUGCGUGUUUGCUGUGCUUUUGUGGAGCGUGACUACGGCGCAAAUAAGAUAUUCACUCUCCGAGGAAGUUAAAGUAGGAACUGUGGUUGGAAAUAUAGCAAAAGAUCUGGGAUUGGAUAAAAGCACGUUGAAAGAAAGAAAGUAUCGCAUUGUUUCGAGUAAUGAGGAUCCUCUUUUCCACGUAAAUCAGAAUGAUGGUGUCCUGUAUGUGAGCCGAAAAAUUGAUAGAGAAGAGGUGUGCGCGCAGAGCAGUACGUGUUUAAUAAAUCUAAAAACCGUGCUAGAAAACCCACUGGAGGUGCACUAUGUAGGAGUGGAAGUGCUGGAUAUAAAUGACCAUUCUCCCAGUUUUCAAGAGAAAGAGAAAACGCUGGAGAUUUUCGAGUCUGUGUUACCUGGAGUACGUAUUCCGCUGCAACACGCAAGAGAUCCAGACGCUGGCCCCUUUUCUGUUCAGCAGUAUAAACUCAGCGCCAAUGACCACUUUCGUUUAGAAGUUAAGGAUAAGGGAGAAGAUGGUAAAAUACCUAUUUUAAUUGUGCAAAAGUCGUUGAAUAGGGAGGCAGCGGGAAGCCAUUCAUUAGUGCUAACCGCACUGGAUGGAGGGAAACCACCAAAAUCUGGCGAAAUUAAUAUUCUAAUAAAUGUUUUAGAUGUGAAUGAUAACACACCUGUGUUCACUAAAGAUGUUUAUUCUGUGAUGCUCGAUGAAAAUGCUCCAGCAGGUACAACAGUCAUACAGGUGAAUGCAACUGAUUUAGACGAUGGACCCAAUGGAGAAGUCGUUUAUUCGUUUAGCAGUAUUGUGAGUCGUAGGUUAUUGGAUCUUUUUGAUAUUAAUCCAUCAACAGGGGAGAUAACUGUGAAAGGUUUAGUAGACUAUGAGCAGAAAGACAAAUACGAGAUUGAAAUUCAAGCAUCAGAUAAAGGUCUGGCUCCUCUAGCGACACAAAAAAGCGUCAUGAUCAAGAUAGUUGACGUAAAUGAUAAUGCACCUGAGAUUGAGGUUACCUCAUUUUCGAGCUCAAUUCCUGAAGACUCCAGACCUGGGACUACAGUUGCUCUUAUUAGUGUAAAUGACUUAGACUCUGGUCUUAACGGAAAAGUUAUUUGCUCCAUAAGUGAGAAUGUUCCGUUUGUUUUAACACCAUCGUUGCAAGACAAAAUGUAUGCAUUAGUAACAAAUUCGCCUCUGGACAGAGAGAUGCAUCCUCUAUAUGACCUAACAAUAUAUGCAAAGGACGCUGCUCAGCCUCCAUUAUCGUCUGAAAAGACAAUAAGCGUUAUUGUGUCUGAUGUGAAUGACAACAUUCCAGAGUUUACACUAAGUCCCUACACCUUCUACGUCACUGAGAGUAACGACCCAGGGCUUUCAGUGUUUUCGGUUAAAGCUUUUGACCGUGAUGAGAACGACAAUGCAUUAAUUUCUUACCAUAUUCUUAGAGAUGGAAGUGAGGACAGUAAAGUGACCUCAUUUCUCAACAUAAACUCUGAAACCGGAGAUAUUUUGGCACUAAAAAGUUUCGACUUUGAAACUCUGAAAACUUUCCAGUUC